AAAAAAAUAGUGAACAAGAUAUGAAGUUAGAUCGUAUUCUGUUAUAUAAGAUCUCGUUGGUAGUGCAACAAGACAAAACGAACACUUUACUUACGUCAUUAUGGACUAUUUGAAUUGCUGUUACAAUGUAUAUGAACUCCCCCUGAAGCCUUGGUUCAUAUCCAAGAAAAAAAUAGAACAAAUGUAUUUUAAGUCCAAGAAUGUUGCGAGCCCCGCAUAAAUAUCGCAAAUGUUCCAUUGCUGAAGCUACGUAAGAACGAGGUAGUAGUACUAUCUAGGACUAUGUUUAAGUCAGUUCGCUCUCAUAUAACCGGCUUAGAAUAUAUACCACGACCAUGAUACCAUAAAGCUACUCUCUUCCUGCAACUCCCCGUUUUAAACCGUUUUUCUGUUUUUGUAUUUUCUAAGGGUUUAGCAUUUGCUUCGGACUUGUGUCGUCUCACCACUGUCCAGUUGUAUUUUGGUUUUGUAUCAUUUGUGUCACGCUGAGAACACACAGACGAUAAGCAUCUGGGAUUAAUAGAUGGAAUAUAAAUUCGGUUAUUUCGGAUUCUCCUCUUUUUUAAAACGCUUUUUAAACAAGGAGAACAAUAAAUUCAUUAUAUAUUAUACAUAUAUUUAGGGUAAUUGGUCUUCUUUGAAAGUUUUAUAACUCAUUUAAUAGUACAAACGGUCAGACCCUUUUUUCCCGAUUUAUUAUUAAAGUCGGGGUAAUAACCACAGGAAGACCAUCACAUUGCCCAUUCACACUAUGGAUAACCCAUUUGCUCACAAGAGAAGACAAUCCAGUUCCAGUCUGGAGUACAACCCAUUUGAUGUUGCUGAGAAUUACUAUGGUCCCAGAACAAACCCUGCUGCUGCUCCAUUGAAUUCUCGUUUGGGACGGGUUAGAACCCUUUCAUUGGUCGAAACUAACGCAUUAAGAGGCCGUUAUUUCGACUCUUCCGAGUCUUCAGACGAUGGAGUUCUGGAUGUGGAACACCCACAUUCAGAUGACGAAGAUCGUAUCCAAUUGGAUUUCCGUCAACCAGCACCAUUGGAAUCACUUCGUGAAAGAAGUCUUGAAACCACCCCAGAUCCAAUGGAUUCAACUGCCCUGUUAGGUUCAGGAGUUAAGUCACCACCCACUUUGGACGGAGAUUUAAGCGAGACCGGUAUGUCCACUUUCACUAGAAGACCAUCAAUUAUGCCAAUCUAUGGAGAAUUGUCGGAAUCACUUGUUGGAUCUAAUCCAGAAAUUCACGCAGCAGCAGUAGAAAAACAUUUGAAAAAGGCAAAGGCUUUAAAGACAAGACAUUUCAGAAGAUCUUCAGUGGAUGAUACAAAUCUUCUGACUCCAAAGAAGUUUUUCAUUAGUGAUAUUGAUAUUACUCUUAAGCAACUUUUACAAAAUGAAGACACUGAUCACAAUUUCCAAAUUACCAUUGAAGAUACAGGACCUAAAGUGUUAAAGCUUGGAACUGUUAACUCUAAUGGUUAUAAACAGGCUGAUGUUAGAGGAACUUAUAUGUUGUCUAAUUUACUUCAAGAAUUGACAAUUGCCAAGAGAAUGGGUAGGAAACAAAUGAUUUUAGAUGAGGCUAGACUUAAUGAAAAUCCAGUGGAUAGAUUGAGAAGACUUAUCACAACUCAAUUUUGGAAGUCUCUUACCAGACAAGUUGAUGAAUUUAAUAUUGCGGAUAUGGCUCGUGAUACAAAAAUUCAAGAAGAGUAUUAUGAUGAAAAUGGAGUGUUGCACACAUCUAAAGUUUGUCACAGGUUGUACAUCCCACAUGAUAGAAAAGAUCAAUAUGAUUAUUAUACUCGUAUUGCAAACUCUAAUCCAGAUUUACAUCUUGAUGUUAAAUAUCUUCCAGAAAAGAUCGAUGCUGAUUAUAUUAAAUCGAUCAAUAAGAAGCCCGGAUUACUUUCACUUUCGUCUACACCAGACCCGGAUGAUAACACAAAGCUUGUGAAUCAACCAUAUGUUGUUCCUGGUGGACGUUUCAAUGAAUUGUAUGGUUGGGACUCUUAUAUGGAAACAUUAGGACUUCUUGUCACCGCCACUGAGCAAAACACUGAACGUUUAAGACUUUGUAGAGGAAUGGCUGAGAACUUCAUUUACGAAAUCUUUUAUUAUGGGAAGAUUUUGAAUGCUAAUCGUUCAUACUAUUUAGGUAGAUCUCAACCACCAUUUUUAACCGAUAUGGCGAUCAGAAUCUAUGAGAAGACGAUGGAAAUCUAUAAAGGUAAUGAAUUUGUUGAACAAGAUGCUCGUGAUUUCUUGCUUAGAGCAACUCAGGCAGCCAUCAAAGAGUACAACUCUAUUUGGUGCAGUGAACCAAGACUCGAUAUUGCUACUGGUCUUUCUUGUUAUCACCCAGAGGGUAAGGGUAUUCCACCUGAAACUGAAGCUACCCAUUUCGAUUCUGUGUUAGAACCUUAUGCAACAAAGCAUAAAUGUACUAAAGCUGAAUUCAUUGAAUUGUAUAACGAUGGUAAAGUCCACGAGCCUGCACUUGAUGAAUAUUUCUUACAUGAUAGAGCAGUAAGAGAAAGUGGUCAUGAUACCUCGUAUAGAUUGGAAGGUAAAUGUGCGCAUUUGGCCACAGUUGAUUUAAAUUCUUUACUUUACAAGUAUGAAACAGAUAUCGCUUACAUUGUUGAAAAUCAUUUCGAUAACAAAUUGGAGAAUUUCCAUACUAAGGAACUUGAAACAAAGGAAAAAUGGAAUGAAAAGGCAGAUAUUAGAAAGAAGAAUAUGACCAAGUAUUUAUGGAAUGAAAAAGAAGGUGCCUUUUAUGAUUAUAAUGUGAAAUCAAAGGAAAUUACCGAUUAUGAAUCAGCUACAACAUUCUGGCCAUUAUGGUCUAAAGUUGCCACUGAAGAACAAGCGGCCAAAUUGGUACAAAACUUACACAAAUUUGAAGAAUUUGGAGGGUUGGUUUCUGGAACUUUGAAAUCUCGUGGAUUAAUUGGGUUGGAUAGACCUUCAAGACAAUGGGAUUAUCCCUUUGGUUGGGCACCUCAACAGAUUUUGGCUUGGAUAGGGUUUUCCAACUACGGAUAUGAAGGAGUUACCAGAAGAUUGGCUUACAGAUGGCUCUAUUUGAUGACUCAAGCAUUUGUGGAUUUCAAUGGUAUUGUGGUUGAGAAAUAUGAUGUUACCCAGAGAAUUGCUCCCCACAAGGUUACUGCGGAAUAUGGUAACCAAGGGUCUGAUUUUAAAGGUGUUGCUACAGAAGGGUUCGGAUGGGUCAAUGCCAGUUAUGUGUUUGGUCUUACUUUUAUGUCUUUACAUGGUAGAAGGUGUCUUGGAACAUUGACCAAUCCGGAUGUAUUUUUAGCGCAUCUUAAUCCUGACCAAUCCAUUUUGUAUGACAAUAGAAAAUCAAAGUAGGUAGAGAAAUUUUAUAGAAGAAAAAACUAACAAAAAAAAACAAAUAUUAACGAAUAAAUAAAGAAAAUGAU